GCAGCGGGGGCCAACCCCACCCCUGAAAAGACUCGUGGGAGAAGGGAAAAGACCCUGGGGUUAGUCUGUCCUCACUAACACUGUCCCUGGCCUCAGGGCCCUGGAUCGGGACCAGGCAGGGAGACGUGCACCCGCCUAGCGAGCAACGUCUGUCCGUGACAGUCCCCGCUUCCCUGAUGCUUCGGGCUGCCGCUGGCUCUCAGGGGCAAAGCCGUGAUGAGGGAGGAGGAAGAGCAGGGAGGCGUCUGACAAGUAGCCCAGCGCGUCAUGAUUUUCUCUCUGGAGAAGAGAAGGCUUGGGCGGCAGAGCGGAUGGGUUUUCCUCUGUUUGUAUUCUUGUAGAAGGUACCAUGGCCUUUGUCCAGCUUCUCCACAGGACAGGUAUUAUCCCACUGUUUUGCUGACAGUGAAACUGAGGCUCGGAAGGUGAAGAUGUUUAUCUCCGUUCCAACAGCUUAACAAUUUCAUGGGAAGCGUAUACCUCUUUUCACCAGAGGAAGCCAAAAUCAUAGGGCUGAUUCUCAUUGGCCCAGGAUUGGUCAUGUGCCCUUCCUUGAGCCAAUCACCGUGACUCUGAUGUGCCCACCCCUGCAGCCAGGUGCUGUCCCACAACCUGUACACGGUCCUGCACAUCCCCCACGACCCCGUGGCUCUGGAGGAGCACUUCCGGGAUGAUGACGACGGCCCCGUGUCCAGCCAGGGAUACAUGCCCUACCUCAACAAGUACAUCCUGGACAAGGCCUGGUGGCAGGUGGAGGAGGGGGCUUUCGUUAAGGAGCACUUUGAUGAGCUGUGCUGGACCCUGACGGCCAAGAAGAACUAUCGGGUGGACAGCAACGGGAACAACAUGCUCUCCAAUGAGGAUGCCUUCCGCCUCUGGUGCCUGUUCAAUUUCCUGUCUGAGGACAAGUACCCUCUGAUCAUGGUUCCUGACGAGGUGGAAUACCUGCUGAAGAAGGUGCUCAGCAGCAUGAGCUUGGAGGUGGGCUUGGGUGAGCUGGAAGAGCUGCUGGCCCAGGAAUCCCAGGCAGCCCAGACCACUGGAGGGCUCAGCGUCUGGCAGUUCCUGGAGCUCUUCAACACGGGGCGCUGUCUUCGAGGUGUGGGGCGGGACACUCUCAGCAUGGCCAUCCACGAAGUCUACCAGGAGCUCAUCCAAGAUGUCCUGAAGCAGGGCUACCUGUGGAAGCGAGGGCACCUGCGGAGGAACUGGGCAGAACGCUGGUUCCAGCUGCAGCCCAGCUCCCUCUGCUAUUUUGGGAGUGAAGAGUGCAAGGAGAAAAGGGGUACUAUCCCGCUGGAUGCACAGUGCUGCGUGGAGGUGCUGCCCGACCGAGAGGGGAAGCGCUGCAUGUUCUGUGUGAAGACAGCCUCCCGCACGUACGAGAUGAGCGCCUCCGACACGCGCCAGCGCCAGGAAUGGACGGCGGCCAUCCAGACCGCGAUCCGGCUGCAGGCCGAGGGGAAGAUGUCGUUGCACAAGGACCUGAAGCAGAAGCGGCGCGAGCAGCGGGAGCAGCGGGAGCGACGCCGGGCGGCCAAGGAGGAAGAGCUGCUGCGCUUGCAGCAGCUGCAGGAGGAGAAGGAGCGGAAGCUGCAGGAGCUGGAGCUGCUACAGGAGGCGCAGCGGCAGGCCGAGCACCUGCUGCAGGAGGAGGAGGAGCGACGCCGCAGCCAGCACCGCGAGCUGCAGCAGGCGCUGGAGGGCCAACUGCGCGAGGCGGAGCAGGCCCGGGCCUCCAUGCAGGCUGAGAUGGAAUUGAAGAAGGAGGAGGCUGCCCGGCAGCGGCAGCGGAUCCAAGAGCUGGAGGAGAUGCAGCAGAGGCUCGAGGAGGCCCUGCACCUGGAGGUGAAAGCUCGGCGUGACGAGGAGGCCGUGCGCCUAGCCCAGACCCGACUGCUACAGGAGGAGGAGGAGAAGCUGAAGCAGCUGCUGCAGCUGAAGGAGGAGCAGGAGCGCUACAUCGAGCGGGCGCAGCAGGAGAAGCAAGAACUGCAGCAGGAGAUGGCGCUGCAGAGCCGCUCCCUGCACCAAGCCCAGCUUCAGCUGGAGGAAGUGCGGCAGAACCGGCAGAGGGCCGACGAAGACGUAGAGGCUGCCCAGCAGAAGUUGCGCCAGGCCAGCACCAACGUGAAACACUGGAAUGUUCAGAUGAACCGGCUCAUGCAUCCAAUUGAGCCUGGAGAUAAGCGUCCCACCACCAGCAGCUCCUUCACAGGCUUCCAGCCGCAUCUACUUGCCCGCCGCGACUCCUCCCUAAAGCGCCUGACCCGCUGGGGAUCCCAGGGCAACCGGACCCCCUCGCCCAGCAGCAACGAGCAGAAGUCCCUCAAUGGUGGGGAUGAGGCUCCCAUCUCAGCUUCUCCCCCUCAGGAAAAUAAACUGGACCCAGCACCAGAAAAUUAGCCUCUGCUAUCCCCUCCCACCCCCCAACCUCAUACCCACCAGAACCUGGCCACAGCUGGCCUGUGGGUGAUGCCAGCCCUCGCAGAAGAGGGAGCUGAGGUCCUGGUGCCAGGAGCCCCCUCGGCCCUCCAACCAUGACACAGUCCAGAAUGGAGGCUACUUCAUUUUUGACACCAGCCCAGGCUCCUGACCACGGAGGCUGUCUGGGAUGUUGAUUCUUGAGAACUUGAUCUUGUGCCUUAACCCCAAGGACCCUGUGCCCCGGGCUGGAAAAGAGAGCAAAUAAGCAAGCCAACGGCGUGUGUCCUCAGACUGCCACCAGGUGGUGGAGGCGCAUUUCCAAAUAAAAACUGCUCUUGGAAUGAACCCUU